AUGACGUAUAAAAUCUCUGGAGUGCCUGAUAACACCUGUGUCAGUAAGAAGGGUCUUCAUGGACCAUUUGUGGUCUUGGUGCUCAGUCUGUCCUUUCUGCUUCUCCUGUAUCUAUGGAGACCGAGCCCUGGGAGAGGGAAGCUUCCUCCUGGCCCUACUCCUCUCCCAAUUUUUGGAAAUUUUCUUCAGAUAGAUAUGAAGGACAUCCGUCAAUCAAUAUCCAAUUUUUCUAAAAUCUACGGCCCUGUGUUCACUUUGUAUUUCGGCUCACAGCCUACUGUGGUAUUGCAUGGCUAUGAGGCAGUGAAAGAAGCCCUCAUUGAUUAUGGGGAAGAGUUCUCUGGAAGAGGAAGAAUCCCAGUUUUUGAAAAGGCUACUAAAGGACUGGGCAUUAGUUUUAGCCGUGGAAAUGUAUGGAAAGCCACAAGGCAUUUCACAGUCAAUACCCUGAGGAGUUUGGGCAUGGGGAAAAGGACCAUUGAGACCAAAGUGCAAGAGGAAGCAGAGUGGCUAGUGAUGGAACUGAAGAAAACCAAAGGCUCACCCUGUGAUCCCCAAUUCAUCAUGGGAUGUGCUCCCUGCAAUGUCAUCUGCUCCAUUAUCUUCCAGAAUCGUUUCGAUUAUAAAGAUAAGGAUUUUCUUAGCUUGAUAGAAAACGUGAAUAUGUGCAUGAAAAUUAUGAGCACUCCUGGAUUUCAGGUUUUCAAUGCAUUCCCUAUUCUUCUUGAUUAUUGUCCAGGAAAUCAUAAGACAUUUUUAAAACAUUUUGCUACUAUUAAGAGUUACCUUUUGGAGAAAAUAAAAGAACAUGAAGAAUCGUUGGAUGUUUCAAAUCCUCGGGACUUCAUUGAUUACUUCCUAAUUCAAAGAUGUCAGGAAAAUGGCAAUCAGCAGAUGAACUAUACACAAGAACAUCUGGCAAUCAUGGUGACGGAUUUGUUUAUUGCUGGAACAGAGACAUUAAGCUCAACGCUGAGAUUUGCACUUUUGCUCUUGAUGAAGUACCCACACAUCACAGAUAAAGUCCAGGAAGAGAUUGGCCAAGUGCUUGGGAGACACCGCAGCCCCUGUAUGUUGGACAGGAUCCACAUGCCCUACACAAAUGCCAUGGUUCAUGAGGUUCAGAGAUAUAUUGACCUUGCCCCAAACAAUAUGAUGCAUGAAGUGACCUGUGACACUAAAUUCAGAGACUAUUUCAUACCCAAGGGAACUUCAGUACUAACAUCACUGACAUCAGUGCUGCAUGACAGCAAGGAAUUCCCCAACCCAGAGAUGUUUGACCCAAGUCACUUUCUAGAUGAGAAUGGAAACUUUAAGAAAAGUGACUACUUCAUGCCUUUCUCAGCAGGGAAACGGAAAUGUGUGGGAGAGGGCCUUGCCAGUAUGGAGCUGUUUUUAUUCCUGACCACCAUUUUACAGAAUUUCAAACUGAAAUCUCUGUCUGAUCCAAAGGACAUCGAUAUAAACCCAAUAUCUUCUAUGUUUUCUACAAUUCCUCCAAAUUUCCAGCUGUGCUUCAUUCCUGUCUAAUGAAGACCUGAAAGCAGAAAUGAAGAUGAGGAAACAUCCUAUUGGGUUGUUUUCUGACAUCACCCACAGAAGUUUCUAUUUACAACUGUCCUAGAAAUACCACUAUGUACUUUCUUCUUCCCACAGCUUAUAUCUUUUAAUUGCCCAAAGAUAACAAUUAUACAUUAUACAGUUUCUGAAGUUAAGGUAAAAGAUUCUGAGAAAAAAAGUCAAUUCAAAUAAAAAAAGUUCUAAUGUGA